AUGAUACGCGAAUGUGAAUAUCUGACAGACGCGGGCGAAAAAGCCUCGGCGCAAUCAGGGGGGACGCGGGGGCUUCGCGACGAUCCCGAGAUAUAUAAAGCGAGAAUUCUGCGCUUGCGGUCAGAUGAAUUACGACAUCUGAAGAGGAGUUUGAAACGAUAUCUGAAUUCUCUGAUAUUUUCAAUCAGUACCAUGAAUGGAAUGCUGAGACAAGACAUAAUGAGAGGAUUUUCGUUAUGCUACAUGUUCUUCUUGGUUUUGGUCUGUUAUACGAGGAUCGGUAGUGGCCAGGUGACGUUUUCGCGGGACUGGAACCCCGGAAAACGAUCUCCAUCGAGCGAAGGAAGCUGCUUAACGAACGCGAAAGCUUUAGCUGCAGCCUGCCACGCGCUUAUGAGUGAACUCAAGAAGCUUUCGGCGUGCCAGACUCGCACCGUCGUGCAGUUGUUGCGGUCCCAAGAUGACGGGGUUCAUUCGGAUCAAGCUGUUCUCUUUGGACGUCGAUAAGGCAUUGCUUCUUCAAAGGAAAUAGUUACACGUUAUUGGGUUCUUCUUUGUUUUCCCGAUUUUCUAACGGAGACGACGACUAUAAGUAUA